UUAUUAAACUCCAACGAUUGCCUGGUUUGCAAUGCGCUGUUGACGACUGCAUCGUUUUACAGGAUUAUGAUGUCCAAAGGUGGAGCAAAAAUGUGAAGCGGAUGGGAGCUUAAUCCGGUCGUCUUUCGGGAAGAUAGAGAUGACUGACGGUUUGCAAAGCGGAGUCUUUGCUUUCGGACUUGUACAAUCUAGGAACAACUGAAUGGGCAGCGGUGGAUGGUUUUACUCAGAUUUAUUUUCUAGUUUUGAUAAGCAUGUGGCGACCACGCGAUUUGAUUGUUCGUAAGUUUAGAAUUACUUUCAUGGCAAUAUUUAAAAGAUAGGCCUAAAUAAGACGUCAACAGGGACAUGGCGAAGCUUCUGCUGCAUAUUGUGAUAACUACCCUCAUGUCAGACUUAUCCGGUGCCACAACAACGACAAAAAAAGCUCAAGGUAACCUCGGAGACCGUAAAAAACGGACAGUAUCAUUUAUGGAAUGGUAAUAAUAAGAUACCACAAAUGGGUGCUUUUAAAGACAGGAAAUUCUUUUUUUGCUAUGUGUUGUAAUUAUUGAUUUAGAGGUAAGGUUGAAGCAGUGCUGCAUUUUGUCUUCAAGUCUCUAUGGAUAUGAUGAGGUGAGGGUAUGUGCCUUUCACCUACAGCGGCCCUCUUGACUCUAAACGGUAGCCGGGUGCGGUUUAAAACCAAGAUGGCCGCUACAGGUGAAGACUGCCCUUCACAAGGAAGGUUGAAGCUGUGUGUUUGGCCUCCUGUGGGCGUUCUAGUGAAAAACAACUCGGGGGUGACUCCGGCCGGGCAGUGCGGGGACUGGGUGAAGGAGCUCAGCGGCGGCUCUUUCACCUCCCCCAACUACCCCGAGAAAUACCCCGCCGACAGGGAGUGCAUCUACAUCAUAGAAGCGUCUCCCCGCCAGUGCAUCGACCUGUUCUUCCUGGAGCGCUACUCCAUCGAGCCGUCCUGGGACUGUAAGUUCGACCACAUCGAGGUGCGGGACGGGCCCUUCGGCUUCUCGCCCAUCAUCGGCCGCUACUGCGGCCAGCAGAGCCCCGCCUACGUGCACUCCAGCGGCCGCUACCUCUACAUCAAGUUUGUGUCGGACGGGGAGCUGGAGGCCACCGGCUUCUCCGCCCAUUACAACUUCACCCAAGAUCCAGAAUUCAAAGGCCUUGGAGAGCUCCCGCCCCUGCCUUUUUGUGACUUUGACAUGGUCGGGCCUGAAGGCUACGUGGAGUCGGCCGCGAUAUCAGCAGAGAGUCGGGCCCUGCCCACCGAGGCUGUGGACUGCAGGUGGUACAUCCGUGCUCCGCCCAAAGCUAAGAUCUACCUGCGUUUCCUGGAGUACGAGAUGCACAACUCCAACGAGUGCAAGCGCAACUUCGUGGCCAUUUACGACGGCAGCAGCUCGGUGGAGCACCUGAAGAACAAGUUCUGCUCCACGGUGGCCAACGACGUCAUGCUGGUCAACUCGGUGGGCGUGGUACGGAUGUGGGCGGACGAGGGGAGCCGCAAGAGCCGCUUCAAGAUCCUCUUCACCACCUUCCACUCGCCUCCUUGUGAAGGAGACACGUUCUUCUGCCACAGUAACAUGUGCAUCAACAACACACUGGUGUGCAACGGUAUCCAGAACUGUGUCUACCCCUGGGACGAGAACCACUGUAAAGAGAAGAGAGUAUCGAGUAUCCUGGACACCCUGGAUCACACAAACCUCACCAUUAUCGCAGUGACCAUUAUCGGAGUGAUCAUCCUGCUGGUCAUCUCUGUCAUCAUCCAGAUCAAACAGCCGCGCAAGAAGUACAUCAUCCGCAGGGAUGACUUCGACCCCGCCUUGCUCCACCCGGGGUUCGAGCCGCCGCACUAUGAGCUCUGCACGCUGCGCCGCACCCCGUCCCGCGAGCUCAGCGACGCGGACGCCGCCGCCGACUACGACCGCUUCCACACGCUGCUCCGUUCGUCCUCCCGCUGCAUCCGCGACCACCACUGCGGCUCGCAGCAGGGCAGCAUGCACGGGAGCAUGCACGGGAGCGUGCACGGGAGCGUGCACGGGAGCGUGCACGGCAGCCGCAGCAACCUGAGCCUGCGGGACGGCUCUGCUGCAAUCUUGACCGAUGGAGGCGGGCCUCUGGGUCUGGCUCCGCCCCCUCCUCCUCCUCCACCACCACCGCCUCUGCCGUUGCCCCCGGCGAUGCUGUUGGCCCAGCAGUCGCCACGCAACGGCAUGUUGCGCCACACCGCGCCGGUGGGCCGACGCAGCGUCAUGGUGAUGAACCACGAGGACGAGGACGAGGAGGAGGAAGAGGACGAGGAGGAUGAGGAGGAGCUGAUGAUGGAGGACGACGGUGUACAUCACAGAGCGCCGCAUCACCACCUCCACCACCAGCACCACCACCCCGGGCAGCAGUACCACCACCAGGGCUUCUUCCCCAGCAUGGAGCAGAGCCACGCCCCGCACCACGGAAUGUCCAACGACUACUAGGUGGAGGUGGUGGAGGAGAAGGAGGUGGUGGAGGAGGAGGAGAAGGAGGUGGUGGAGGAGAAGGAGGUGGUGGAGUAGGAGGAGGGGUAAGGGGAUGAGGAGGAGGUUGAGAAGGAGGAGGACAAAGACGUAUCUAAUUCCUAACAUAGACACAGGCUGGUGUCUAUGUUUUGCUUUAAAGGAGGAAUUGUGUUCUUGAAAAUCUUCUGUUCUGGCUCGGUACUAAUGAGAAGCUGGUGGUGAUAACUGCAACCGAAAACAAACCUUCCUGGUGGUAGUGAGGUUAGGAAAGUGUGUCGUUUUAUCUGAGGUUGCCCACCAAACAUGUACAUACAUUAAAUGUGGUUCUGUCAACUUCCUCUGCUGUUAUUUUAAAAUAUAUAUGUUUCCCCCUUUUUUCCUUUGAAAACAAAUUACUGAAAGAAUGAUACGGACAGCUAUCCAUGUGACCCUGGGUAUCACUUAUACUAUUUAAGUAUGCAUAAAUACACAUAGAGAAGGAAAAUUAGAGCAUAAAAGCAAUUCUGAUGUCUACAGCUUUGUCUCGGUACCCUAAAUUAAAAAUCCUAUGUACAACAAGGCAACAAUUUACAUUUUGUUUAAAAAUGCAGAGCUAUCUAUCUAUCUCCUAAGCAUAGAUAACAAGUUAAUUUCUGAGGGACAGGGAAGGUGUCAUAGUUUUUGCAAUUUUAAUUUUCUGUAUUUGUUGGUGUUUUAAAUAUAUAAGAUUGGGUGAACCAAUCUUAUAUAUUUUGUACAAUUUACUUUAUCCUCCUUUCUCGAUUUUCUGAAAUAAAUGGUUACGUCUUCCCAUA